AUUUUUCUAGAAUGCAAAUCCAAUGAAUAUAAAUGUCGUGCCGGCAACUGUAUUGACAUUGCCAGACGUUGUGAUACCAUCAGAGACUGUCCCGAUGGUGAUGAUGAGGAUGAUAGAUGCCCGAAAAAAUCCUGUUUACCCAACGAAUUUAUGUGCGAAAAUGGCGAAUGUUUGGCUUUGGAAGCCGUCUGCGAUGGUGUUGGUGAUUGCCGGCGUCACGAUGAUGAAAGCUAUGGGCUGUGUCAUUGUGAUUAUGAUAAGUUCAAAUGUAAACGAGGCGGUGGUUGUUUGCCAAAGACACAGGUCUGUGAUGGCCGGGCUCAGUGUAGAGAUGGCAGUGAUGAAAUUAAUUGUCAUUUCACGGCUAAUUUUAAUAAGACCCGCAAUUUGGCCGACUGCCUCAGUUAUCAGUUUCAAUGCGCCGAUGGCAUUUGCAUAGCCGAUUAUAAGCUGUGCAAUGGCAUAACCGAUUGCCUGGACGGUUCGGAUGAAAUAAAUUGUCCCAUCAAUUACGAUGACACGAAUUAUGACUUUGAACCCGACGAUUCACUCAGCGAAUGUGAUCUCUACGAAUUCGAAUGUGACUAUUCACGUUGUAUACCAAUCGAAAAGAAAUGUGACGGCUAUCCCGAUUGUGAUGAUGAAACCGAUGAAAUCGAUUGUCCACCAUUUACAGAUAAUUGUCACGACAAUGAAUUUGAGUGUGAUAAUAAUUAUUGUAUUUUACGUGGCCAACUCUGUAAUGGCAUACCGAAUUGCAAUGAUGGUACGGACGAAAAGAAUUGUACAUUCUGUCGGGAGGGUGCUUAUCUUUGCACCACCGGUGAAUGUAUUUUAGCCAAUAUGCACUGUAAUGGCCAUAACGAUUGUGCCGAUGGUAGUGAUGAGCACAAUUGUGGUAAGUUUUUGGUAGAAGCUUUUGAGCACCCCUGCCCAAUUGGCUAUAUUAAAUGCAAUAAUACCUGUGCCAAUUCGAAUAUUAAUUGUGAUGGCCACAUUGAUUGUGAGGAUGGUAUCGAUGAACGGAAUUGUCCCGAACGUGACAUUAGCAAUGAUCUGCUCAAUAAUGAAAUAUUUCCCCAUGAAACCUGUCAGCCGGAUCAAUUUCAAUGUUCGAAUUUAGAGUGUAUUGAGAAAAAAUAUGUGUGUGAUCACAGACCCGAUUGUCUCGAUAAAUCCGAUGAAUCGGAUGAUUUGUGUAAUUUUAAGGAAACCAAUGUCCUCACACCCGACGACUGUGACAGCUCACAAUUCUUCUGUGACGAUGAUUGCCAUCCCAUUGCCAUACGUUGUAACGGCGCCUACGAUUGUGCCGAUCGCACCGACGAAGAAGAUUGCCCAGCCAAAGACCCCUACGAUAGCGUACGCCCACCCACCUAUCCCUGUCCCCAACACACCUGUCCCAAUGGUAAAUGUUACAGCGAAAGCGAACGUUGCGAUGGCAUUUCUCAGUGUGAAGACGGAACCGAUGAAUUGGAUUGUUGUGCUGCCGAUCAAUUCCGUUGCCGCAACGGUGAUUGCAUUCCCAGCUAUUAUCACUGCAAUGGCCAUCGUGAGUGCUUGGACAAUUCGGAUGAGGAAGAUUGUGCCGAUCCCGUGGCACCGCCCAGCCGUUGCUUGCCAUCCCAAUAUCGUUGCGAUAAUGGCCAGUGCAUUUCGGCCUAUGCCCGCUGCAAUGGUUAUGUCGAUUGUGCCGAUAGCUCGGAUGAAAGAUAUUGUCCCGAUACCAACACCACUCCUGCUCCUCAAUUGAAUCUGAAGACCUAUCCCGAUAAUCAAAUCAUCAAAGAAAGACGCGAAGUCAUUUUCCGUUGCCGUGAUGAAGGUAUGUUACGCGCCAAGGUUAGAUGGACCCGUCCCGGUGGCCGUCCCUUGCCCGUCGGAGCCGUUGACAAAGAUGGCCGUUUGGAAAUUCCCAAUAUUCGUGUUGAAGAUGGUGGUACCUACAUUUGCGAAGCUGUUGGCUAUCCUCGCCAUGUUUCCGGACAACAAGUCUCUGUACAAUUGACCGUUGAAAAAUACAAUCCACGUGAUGAUCGUUUACCCUCAGCUUGUUCCGCUACACAAGCUACCUGCAUGAACGGUGAAUGUAUUGAUAAGUCGCAAAUUUGUGAUGGUAUCCCCCAUUGUUCGGAUGGUUCCGAUGAGCAUAGCUGUUCCCAGGGCCGCAAAUGUCAACCCAAUCAAUUUAUGUGCCGCAAUUCCAAGUGUGUUGAUCGUGUCUGGCGUUGUGAUGGUGAAAAUGAUUGUGGUGAUAAUUCCGAUGAAGAAAGUUGCGAUCCCGAACCAAGUGGCGCUCCCUGCCGUUAUGAUGAAUUCCAAUGUCGCAGUGGCCAUUGCAUUCCCAAAUCCUUCCAGUGUGACGAUACCAAUGAUUGCCGUGAUGGUUCUGAUGAAAUCGGUUGCAUGGCUCCCGACAAGAUCCGUGAUCCACCACCAACUCAAUUCCUCCACCAGGGCGACUCGUUGAACUUGACCUGUGUCGGUGUUGGUACCCCAACUCCUGUUAUUGUCUGGCGUUUGAAUUGGGGUCAUGUCCCCGAGAAGUGUGUCUCGAAGAGUUACAGCGGUACCGGCACCCUCUAUUGUCCCGAUAUGCAGUAUGCCGAUAGCGGUGCUUACUCCUGUGAAAUUAUCAACUCGAAGGGUAGCAAAUUCACCACCGACACCUUGGUAACUGUUGAAAAACCUGAACGUCCUGGCGUCUGCCUUAGCGGCACUUUCAACGAAGAGGCCGAACACCCCAAUGAAUGUUUGAAUUGCUUCUGUUUCGGUAUUGCCAAGACCUGUAAGUCCAGCGAUAUGUUUAUCAACACCAUCCAGCCUCCGAUCACCUCUCACCGCGUUGUCAACGUCGAAUUGAGCCCCUACAGUAAUAUUGUCAUCAAUGAAGCCCCCACCUCGGGUAUUAUGAACUUGAGACAUGGUGUACAGUUCCGUGCCACCGAUGUGUUGUAUGGCAGCCGUAGCACUCCCUACUUGGCCCUGCCCCAGGACUUUAUGGGCAAUCAGUUGAAAUCGUAUGGCGGUUACUUGAAAUAUGAUGUGCGUUAUGAUGGCACCGGUACCCCUACCCGUCAUCCUGAUGUUAUUUUGACUGGCAAUGGCUUUACCUUGACCUAUCGUUCCCGCUCUCCCGCCCAACCCAGCUUUGUCAAUCACAUGGAAGUGCCAUUUGUACCCGGUGGUUGGACUAAGCCUGAUGGUCGUAUGGCCACCCGUGAAGAGAUCAUGAUGAUCCUGUCGAAUGUCGACAAUGUUUUGGUACGUUUGGGCUAUAUCGAAGCCACGGAGAGGGAAGUUGAACUGACCAAUAUUAUGAUGACCUCGGCUGGACCCCAUGACCAAGGUCUGGGCAAGGCUAACCUCGUGGAGAAAUGUGCCUGCCCCGUGGGUUAUACUGGCGAUUCGUGUGAGACCUGUGCCCCUGGUUAUGUUCGUCAAUCCGGCGGUGGCUGGUUGGGUCGUUGUGUACCCUUCACCCCCGAGCCAUGCCCUGAGGGCACCUACGGUGAUCCCCGACGUGGUAUUCCUUGCCGUGAAUGUCCCUGCCCCCAGACUGGUGCCAAUAGCUUUGCCUCCGGCUGUUCCAUGGGCCCUGACGGUGAAGUCACCUGCCGCUGCAAUGAAGGCUAUAUGGGCCGCCGUUGUGAGACCUGUGCCCCUGGCUAUGAAGGCAAUCCCUUGGCUCCUAAUGGCCGUUGCUAUCCCACUCCCGAUCACAACUGCAAUGCCGAAGGUACCUACUCCAUCCACGACAACAAGACCUGUGAAUGUAAAUCCCUGGUAAGCGGUGAACGUUGUGACACCUGCAAGACCGGAUCCUAUCACUUGAACUCCUUCACCUACACCGGCUGUAUUGAGUGCUUCUGCAGCGGUUUGCCCGUUAGCUGUGGCAGCAGUACCAUGAAUCGUGAACAGAUCAGCUCGACCUUUGGCCGUUCCCGCGCCCCACAUGGCUUCAGUUUGGUACGUCACUACAACACGGAACCAUCACCGGUGGCCUUUGGCGAACGUGACAGUGCUUUGGUCUUCAGCGAACCCUCGACCUCGGAACCCUUAUACUGGAGCUUGCCCCCACAAUUCUUGGGUAAUCAAAUCACAGCCUAUGGCGGUAAAUUGAGUUACAAUUUGAGCUACAACCCCAUGCCUGGUGGUCUGAUGUCCCGCAGUACCUCUCCCGAUGUGGUGAUCAAGUCGGGCGAAGAUUUGACCCUGAUCCAUUACCGCAAGGGUGGCUUCAAUCCCAACCAACCCAACUCCUAUUCCAUUCCCAUGAUCGAAAGCUCUUGGCAUAGGUCCGAUGGCCAACCUGCUGAUAGGCCCCAUUUGCUGAUGGCCCUUUCCAAGAUCGAUGCCAUCUACAUUAAGGCCACCUACACCACCAGCACCCGUGACGGUGCCCUGACCUCGGUUACCAUGGACGUGGCCUCGCCCAGCAGCACCAGCGGUGUACCCGCCUAUGAGGUGGAGGAAUGCCGUUGCCCACCCGGUUAUGUUGGUACCUCCUGCGAACGUUGCGCCCCUGGCUACAAACGCAACGAGGAGGCCGGUCUCUACUUGGGAUUGUGCGAACCCUGUGAAUGUAACGGCCACUCGUCGCAGUGUGACCCCGAGUCGGGUGUCUGCCUGAACUGUGCCGACAACACUGAAGGUGAUUCCUGUGAACGUUGUGCCUAUGGCUACUCCGGAGAUGCCACAAAUGGCACACCCUAUGAUUGCCAGCCCGGCCAAGGCCCAGGACCCGUCGUGCCAACCAGACCACCAUCACCACCACCUCAGCCCACCAACAACGAAACCUGCUACCACUGCAAUCAGGCCGGUACCGCAUCCUGCUACGGUGACUACUGCUACUGCAAGACCAAUGUCCAGGGUUCGCGUUGUGAUCAAUGCCGUCCCGGAACCUAUGGCCUUUCCGCCAACAAUCCCGAUGGUUGUGAGGAAUGUUUCUGCUCGGGCAAAUCGACCACCUGCUCCUCAGCUUCGCUCUAUCGCCAACUGAUCCCUGUCGACUUCCUUGGCAGUCCACCACUGCUCACCGAUGAGGAGGGCAUGAUCGUCGACACCGAGAACAUGAACUUCGAUAUCGAAAGAAACGAAUACACCUAUUCGUACCCCUCGUACACACCGAAAUACUGGAGUUUGCGUGGCUCGGUCUUGGGCAACCAACUGUACUCCUAUGGCGGCGUCCUGACCUACAAGCUCGAGGUCGAUUCCUAUGGCAACUAUGAACAGGGCCAUGAUGUCGUCCUCAUUGGCAAUGGCAUGAAAUUGAUCUGGUCCCGCCCCUCGUCCGAACAGGACAACAUCGAAUACACCAUACGCCUGCAUGAAGAUGAAAACUGGCAGACCCUGCAACGUGGUGGCAUGCAACGUGCCUCUCGCACCGAUUUCAUGAAUGUCCUCUCGAAUUUGGAACACAUUUUGAUUAGGGCCACACCGAAAAUACCCACCACACGCUCGUCGAUCAGUGAUGUGAUUUUGGAGAGUGCCGUCGAAAGACCCCAACCCGGAGCCAGCCAAGCCAUUGAUAUUGAAAUCUGCAACUGCCCACCAGAAUAUUCCGGUUCGUCAUGUGAAAGCUGUGCCCCUCUGCAUUACCGUUACAGCGAUGGCACAUGCAGACGUUGCCCCUGUCAGGAUGAGAACACCCAAUCGUGUAGCUUGGAUGAGCGUAGCUAUGUCAAGUGUCAGUGUAGACCAGGUUAUGGCGGUGAUCGUUGUCAAAAUAAUGAUUAUGAGUCUGAACCCCAGGUCACUACCACUCCCACACCCGAACCAGAAUACAAAACACGCAUAACCGUAUCGAUCCAGAAACCAGAAAUUUCCAUUAUCCCCGUUGGAGGAUCCAUAACAUUGUCGUGUAGCGGCAUGUUGGAAUACAAUAGGUUGCCCGUCGUUGUAAACUGGUAUAAGUAUAACGGUGAUCUGCCCUUCCAUUACGAUCAAACCGAUGGCGUUCUGCGAUUGUUCGACUUGCAAAUCCACGAUUCCGGUACCUAUAUCUGUCAGGCCCGCCACAAUCAAACUCAGCGCAUUUACGAGGAUCGGGUUACCAUCACCAUUACAGAAACCUCUCGUCGCUCCCCAGCCCGCAUUGACAACUUGGCUCCCUAUCACACCUUUACCGAAUUCGUACCCGCUGAAAUCGCUUGCGAAGUAAGCGGUAAUCCUCAACCCGUUGUCACCUGGAUUCGUGUCAAUGAUCAAAUGUCCACCGAGGUCCAUGUCGAAGGUAAUCGCUUGAUUUUCGAGAGACCACGUAAAUCCGAUGAGGGUAGAUACCGCUGCCAGGCCAACAAUGGCGAGGGAUAUCCCGAUGAGAAAUACACCGAAGUUUAUGUCGAGACCGUGAUGCCAUCAUCCACACCGGCACCACGUGAAAUGGUGUACAUUGAACCACCCCAAUAUACCGGUGAAGCUGGUCAACCCAUUCGUCUGACUUGCCAUUCCAUUUCGAACAUUAAUCUGAAAUAUGAAUGGACCAAGGAUGGUUAUGCCAUCUAUCGUCAGCAUAAUGUCAUUAUGCUGGGCAAUACCUUGGAGAUUCGUGAUGCCACACCACGUGAUUCGGGUACCUAUACCUGUGUGGGUAUUGAUAUGCGUGGUCGUCGUAACUACACCUCAGAUGCUCGGGUAUUUGUUGAUGAACCAGCUGGUCCCUAUCCCGCUGUUGGAACUCCUCCCGUCAUCAAGGCCAUGCGCGAAGAACAUCUUGUCAUUCAAGGCCAUGAUUUUACCAUUACCUGUGAAGCUUCCGGCACUCCUCGUCCCACAAUUAAAUGGACCAAGGUCCAUGAAUCUCUCGGCGAUAAUGUCCAUCAAACUGGCAAUGUAUUGCGUAUUAGCUCUGCCCGCCCCGAUAAUCGUGGUGUUUAUGUUUGUGUUGCCGAAAAUAAUGUGGCCUCCGAUCAAGCCAGUACAUAUAUUGAAAUUGAACCUCGUGAACGUCCCACCGUUGACAUUGAUCCCAAAGAACCACAAGUACUUGUUGUUGGCAGCCAGGGUAUGCUGUAUUGUACCGCCACCGGUAUACCCACACCCAGAGUACAAUGGUCUCGUGUCGAUGGCCAGCCCAUGUCGCACCGUCAUCAAAUGCAACACAAUGAACCGGGUUAUAUUGUCAUUAAUGAUGUUAGCUUGGCCGAUACUGGUGAUUACAAAUGUGAAGCCGUUAAUGAAGUUGGCACAGCCACUGCUGUCUCAACCAUUCGCGUCAUUGAGGCCCCCGUCAUCACUCUGCAGCCAAAUGAGGAAAUUCAUAGUGUAACCGAGGGUGAUGAAUUGCGUGUAGUUUGCACAGCCACCGGUACCCCCACUCCCAGUGUUCGCUGGAUCAAGGAAGAUGUUGUCUCUUAUGGUUAUGGCGCCGCCUUCGAACCUUCAUCUAAUGAAGCUGUCCUGACCUUCAACCGCGUCAGCAUGGAAGAUGCCAAGUCCUAUAAAUGUAUUGCCAGCAAUGAAGCCGGUACCGAUGAACGUUAUAUUGUCCUGGAUGUGAAACAACAUCGUGGUGAUGUUGGCAAGGAUGGUGAUGUUGUUUACGGAUCCUACCAACCAUCUUACCCCACAUCUUAUCCCAACUAUCCUCCACCAAAUACCAUGCAGAAACCAAAGACAGUUAUGGAUACCAGACCCGGUGAAAAUGUUACCUUGAUAUGUGAUAUUCAAAACAACUAUCAAAUCACUUGGGAACGUGCUGAUGGCCGUCCAUUGCCCUCGAAUUCCUACUAUGAAGGCAGCCGUUUGGUUAUCUAUCAAAUGACUGAAAAUAGUGCCGGUAAUUAUCGUUGCAAUGCCUUGGAUAGACGCGGAACCCUGUUGCAAUAUCACUUGUGGGAAUUGGUCUAUUUGCCAGUGCCCCGUAUCACCCUGCAUCCACAAAUGCCCAUUAAGGUGAAUGUGAACAGUGAUGUGACCAUUACAUGUAAUGUGGAGGGUGCCCAACCCAUUACCGUGUCCUGGCAUACCGACAAUAAUCGUCCAUUGACUGCUUCCGUCAGCAUUGAUGGCAAAUAUUUGAACUUCCGCGACAUUACCCCAGCUGCUGCCGGCCGUUACUACUGCUUGGCCUCGAAUCGUUAUGGCAACACCACCGCCUCCGCCGAAGUGAUUGUCAAUCGUGGUCAUACCUAUGAACCCCAACCCCAGGCCAAACAAUAUCAAAUUACCGAGGGACAAGAUGUUCAUGUAACAUGUGAUGUUGAAUCGAUGUCCGCUCCAAUUCGUGGUGAAGUUUAUUACAACUGGCGCCGUGAAGAUGGCCGUCCCUUGCCAACCAAUACCCAAGUCUACACUAACCGCCUGAUCUUCAACAAUGUACGCAAACCCGACGAGGGCCGCUACAUUUGCGAAGCUUACACUGCCUCCGGAUCAUUGUCCACUUCCUAUGCUGAUUUGUUUGUCAAGCACUAUAAAACCAUGAGGGAAAUCAUAACCAAACCACUGACACCUGAUACCCCACCAGCGGCAGUGACCUCCACCGGUUCCCUGGGUAGUAGCUCCUCGGUUUAUAAUACAAAUAGCGGUGCCUGUCUACCCACCGAUUUCAAAUGUGUAUCGCACCCGAAUACCUGCGUUGCCAAACACAUGGUCUGUGAUGGCAUACACGAUUGUACCGAUCAUUCGGAUGAAUUCAAUUGUAGCCGUAACGAACCGAAUACCAGUUCACCGCUCAGCCUCAUUAAAACGAAAUCCAAUAAACGAUGGAAAAAACAUAACUAUCAACCGCAACAGAAUUUCAUGAUGCCUGCAGGAGUUAUCCGCAAUAAAAGGAAAUUCCAUUUUGGGGGUCAAAAAUGGAGAACUAGCUUCCCAGCCUCCACCGUGGGACUAAAGAGGCCCCUAACCACCACCACGACCAGCAGUAAACAAGAUGUUUUCCAUAUGAAAUCGAAAUUCGCCGUCUAUCCCCCGGCCCCACUUCCACACUAUUCCACGACCACACCACGUCACCGUGAUUUAAGUUUGAAAUUGGAUCAGCAACAUUCGAAUUUGCGCGUCGGCGAGUCCACCGAAGUGGAGUGCUAUUCGUCCGAUAACAGCUACACCGAUGUCGUUUGGGAGAGAGCCGAUGGUCGGCCAUUGCCAUUACAUAUUAAGCAAAUCGGCAAUCGUUUGAUCAUCAACCAUGUUACACCCGCCGAUGCUGGCAACUAUUUGUGCAAAUGCAAGACCGACGAGGGUGACCUCUACACGACCAGCUAUGAAUUGGCCAUUGAGGCCAACACCCAUGAAUGGAAACAUCCCAAGAUUGAGCAUGCCGAUGUGGGAUCAGCUGUGAAACUACACUGUGAUGCCGAGGAUGGUCAUCUAUCGCCCCAUUACAGAUGGUCGCGUCAAUACGGACAAAUGCAAAUGGGCACGGAUAUUUUAAGUGAUACUUUGAGCCUGCAAAAUGUCCAAGCCAAUGAUGCCGGUACCUAUGUAUGCACUGCCACCGCUCCCAAUGGCGAAUCGGUGGAUUAUCCCACAAUUCUGGUUGUGACCGGUGCCAUUCCGCAUUUCCAUCAGGAACCCCUGAGCUAUAUGUCCUUCCCCACGCUGCGUGAUUCCUAUGUUAAAUUCAACUUCGAUAUUACAUUCCGCCCGGAACAAGGUGAUGGUCUGUUGCUCUUCAACGGCCAGAAGCGCGGUAAUGGCGAUUACAUUUCCCUCUCCCUGAAUGACCAAUAUCCGGAGUUCCGCUUCGAUUUGGAUGGCAAGACGAUGAUUGUUCGCGGCGAACAGGCUUUGGAAUUGAAUGAAUGGCACACCAUUAGGGUUCAUCGUUUCCGUCGUGAUGGUUACAUGCAGGUCGAUGGUCAACAUCCGAUUGCCUUCCCCACUUUGUCCGCCUCCUCCUCCCUGGAUUUGGUUGAAGAUUUGUAUUUGGGUGGUGUACCCAGCUGGGAUAUUUUACCCGAUGAAGCUAUUGAACAGCAAGUGGGCUUUGCCGGUUGCAUUAGCCGUUUGACCCUGCAGGAUAGCAUUAUUGAGCUGAUGAAAGAGGCCAAGAUGAAGGAAGGCAUUACCGCCUGCAAGCCUUGCGAUACCAACCCUUGCUCGAACAGCGGCAUCUGCCUUGAGUCUCAGACGGAAAUGGGCUAUACCUGUGUCUGCCAACAGGGAUGGACGGGUCGCCACUGUGCCAUCGAGGGUACCCAGUGUACUCCCGGCAUUUGCGGUACCGGACGUUGUGAGAACACCGAAACUGGCAUGGAAUGUUUGUGUCCCCUCAACAAGACCGGCGAUCGUUGCCAGUACAUCGAACACUUGAAUGAGAACAGUUUGGCGUUUAAGAAGAACAGCUUCGCUGCCUAUGGUACCCCCCGUGCCUCCAAGCUCAACAUCAAAUUCCAAAUCCGACCCAACACCCUUGAAGAUGCCGUUCUCCUCUAUGCCGCCGAAUCUCGUCUGCCCAGUGGAGAUUAUGUGGCCGUCGUCUUGCGUAACAAACAUGUCGAACUGAUCAUCAAUACCGGUGCCCGUUUGAAACCGGUUGUCGUGAGGUCGCUGCACCCCUUGCCCGCAAAUAAAUGGACCGAAAUUGAAAUUGCCCGCCGUUUCGGUGAAGGCAUCUUGCGGGUGGGCACUGAUCCUGAGCAGAAGGCCAAGGCAGCGGGAGCCGCCAGAACCCUGUACAUUAAGACCCCCAUGUAUAUUGGCGGAUUCGAUCAUGAAAAGAUCACCCUGAAUCGUGAUGUGAAUAUUACACAAGGUUUCGAUGGGUGUAUAUCGAAUCUCUACGAGGGCCAACGUCAAUUGAAUCUGAUUGCCGAUAUCCAGGAUGCUGCCAACAUUCAAAACUGCGGCGAAAUCAAUGAAAUCGAACAAAACGAAACCUUUGACAACGAUGUCGAACAGAAUGCCUGCUCUAGUGAUCCCUGUGAAAAUGGCGGCACGUGUGUGGUAGAAAACGACGAGGCCGUUUGUUUGUGUAACAUCGGCUUUGCCGGCAAACAUUGUGAAGAUCAUAUUUCCCUACAAUUCGAUGCCAAUUUCCAUGGUAAUGGUUAUUUGGAACUGAAUCGUUCCCAGUUCGAUGAACAGGUAGAACAGAAAUUCUCCAGUGCUGCCAUGGUAUUUUCCACAACCGCUCCCGAUGGUUUGCUGUUAUGGUGGGGUCAACCCAAGGGUGAGGCCUACACGGGACAAGAUUUUAUGGCUGUAGCCAUUGUUGAUGGUAUUGCCGAAUUUGCAUUCCGUUUGAAUGGCGAAGAGAAGGUCAUACGCAACCCCGAUAAACGUGUCGAUGAUGGUAUCCGUCAUAUUCUGUUGAUUAAACGCACGGAUAAUACGGCCAUUUUGGAAUUGGAUCAUAUCUUGUAUGCCGAUGAGACCAAGGAUACGGGUAAAGAUACAAUGAGCCUGCCGGGACAUGUGUUUAUUGGUGGCGCUCCCAAUCUCGAAUCCUUUACCGGUGGCCGUUACAAGCAUCACUUUAACGGUUGUGUACGAGUUGUUGAAGGUGAAGCUAGCGGUAUCAUAGAAGUAGGCAAAGUAGCUAUAAGCGGUAACAAUGUUGACACCUGUCCAAAUGCGGAUGAGGAUGUUGAUUUCGAUGGUACCGAGCCCCCAGUCGUUUAAUAGUUUUCGUUUUUUU